ACAUCAUGUACACCUUCGUGGUGCGCGACGAGAACAGUAGCGUCUAUGCCGAAGUCUCCAAGCUGCUCCUUUCCACUGGACAAUGGAAACGGCUGAAGAAAGACAAUCCCAGGUUUAACCUGAUGUUAGGAGAGAGGAACAGGCUGCCCUUUGGGAGACUGGGUCAUGAACCUGGUCUUAUACAGUUGGUGAAUUAUUACAGAGGAGCUGAUAAACUUUGUCGAAAAGCUUCUUUAGUUAAGUUAAUCAAGACAAGUCCUGAAUUGACAGAAUCAUGCACAUGGUUCCCGGAAUCCUAUGUGAUUUAUCCAACUAAUCUCAAGACUCCUGUGGCCCCAGCAUCACCUUCGCAGAAUGGAAUUCGCCAUUUGAUAAACAAUUCAAGGACAGAUGAAAGGGAAGUCUUCCUUGCUUCCUAUAACAAGAGAAAAGAGGGUGGGGAGGGCAAUGUAUGGAUAGCCAAAUCCUCCGCAGGCGCCAAAGGUGAAGGCAUUCUUAUUUCUUCAGAGGCUACAGAACUGCUGGAUUUUAUAGAUAACCAAGGACAAGUGCAUGUGAUUCAGAAAUACCUUGAAAAGCCUAUGCUUUUAGAGCCAGGUCAUCGCAAAUUUGAUAUUCGGAGCUGGGUCCUAGUGGAUCAUCAAUAUAAUAUCUACCUCUAUAGAGAGGGCGUACUUCGGACCUCUUCAGAACCAUACAAUAUCACCAAUUUUCAAGACAAAACUUGCCAUUUGACCAAUCACUGCAUUCAAAAGGAGUAUUCAAAAAACUAUGGGAAAUAUGAAGAAGGGAAUGAAAUGUUCUUUGAGGAAUUCAAUCAGUAUCUAACAAGUGCUUUGAACAUUACACUGGAAAAUAGUAUCUUAUUACAAAUCAAACAAAUAAUAAGAAGCUGCCUUAUGUGUAUAGAGCCUGCAAUCAGCACUAAACACCUUCACUACCAGAGUUUCCAGCUCUUUGGCUUCGAUUUCAUGGUGGAUGAGGAGCUGAAGGUCUGGCUCAUUGAAGUCAAUGGGGCUCCCGCAUGUGCCCAGAAACUUUAUGCAGAGCUUUGCCAAGGUAUAGUGGAUAUAGCCAUAUCCAGUGUCUUUCCUCUCGCUGACACAAUGCAAAAGCAGAACCAACAGGCUACAUUUAUCAAGCUAUGAUGAAGAGAUGAUUAAAGCAACACAUAUCAGAACUGCCGCACAUAGGGCUUUGGGGGGGCAAGAGGGAGGGUAAUUGGGGGGUACAGAGAUUAUUGGAUUGUUUGAAAUCAUGCCAAAAAUGGGAGAGAAGUGGAUUUUUUUUAUCUGCAAAGGAAGAAGAAAAUAAAAACAAACACUUUCAAAGAGAAUUCAGAAUGAGCCAGAGUUGCUCAGAAUGUUUCACCAGACUCUGCUCUAAACACAAGUCAUACAACUUUUGAAAACUGAAGCAAAUCUCUCUGGGAAGACAGCAAAAUAUUACUUUAAAAAAAUGAGGAUUCAAUAAUUUUAUGUUCUCAUUCUUUUUUUAAAAAAAUCUUAUUUUUUCUAGUAAGGCAACUUUGUGAACAGCAUCUCUCUUUCUCAGGGACCCAGUGAAGCUUGGUCCUUUUGUUAAUGUAUCAGUUCUUUCCACCUGCUGCAGUCUUAGUGCCUUAGCUCAGUUCCCAGUAGGUAACUCUUUUACUCUUUUCCAUUAAGAAAACCUCUCUUGCUCUGGGAACUAGGAACUCCUCAGAGCAUUAAUUUUUGGUUACUGACACGCCUGUACUUCCUUUAUCCCCCUUCCCCCUUCCUUGUGCCCUAUUCUUCUGGCAUCUGUUGAAAACCUGAAAAGGAGCAAACACCAGUAGCCCUGAGCUUAGGAAGAGGCUCUAAGCUAGGGGAUAAAGAGGUUUCCUAAUAAGAUUGGGAUCAGUUGUCUAUUAGAAUUCCAUCAUGGGGAGAUUAAAAAAAAGUUUUGACAUCAUUUCAGUUUGACCUAUGGGUUUAAGUAAAAUUAUUUUAACUCUUAGUGCUAAUUGUUUUCCCUAAAUUAUCUGCCUUUCUCCCUAUUCCCCAUCAAUACCAUUAAUGAGCAUUUUUUAAAACCAGGUUGAAUGUGUUAAAAUCUGAUUUGUUUUAUUAAACUACUUAAGAUUUUUAUUUUUAACUGACUUAAUGAAGUACAUUGGCAAGAUCCCAUUUUAAUGAUUUUCUUUUGAAAAUUAAAAAAAAACCCUCCCCUGUUUUUUGCACUUUGAAGAGUAGACAUCCUUCUUCCCAAUGAGUUUGUUCCUACUCUUCCAACAUGUCCCUGAAUUUCCAGGUCUGUAGCUCCCCUAUCCAUGGCCUUUCAGUUAUCUCUUCCUUCUUGGGCUCUAUGCACAGUUCAGUCAAUCCUAGCUAUCUACCUAUGCUGCAAAGCACUGUGGAAACUGCUGGUGGUUGUUGGAAAUUCAUCCAAACUAGAGCAGUCUCCUUUAGAAAAAAAUAGUAGGGAAGGUUUUUUCAAAAGUCCACAUGGCACAUAAAGGAUUUUCCCCUGCCAGUCUCUCCUCCUCACCCCAUUUUCCCCCUAUUUAAGUUAGAUGUAUUUUGGAUUUAUAGAGCUGACUGUCCCUUUUUUUUUUUGUUUCCUCUCUUUGGAGGACACAUCAGGAGACCAAAUGAGUAGCAGGUUGGAAGUUUUGAGAUCAUAUUUGUCUUUAAUGUGUCAUCAUUCAUGCACUUAGAAUGUCAGAUAGGGAUAAAGACUAACAGACUUUUUUUGAUGGCAUUUAGGAAAUGACAGUUUUCUGCAAAUGGUCUGAUAAGAAAAUGACCCUCCUCUUACAGUAACAUUGAAAUUUUUUUUCCAUAGCCAUUGUGCAGUGUUAGGUCUAAGGCAUGCUGUAUCUCUCUUUCAUCCUUGGCACAAUAAAACAAACUCUACAAUGAAGUUUUUUUUUUUUUUUUAAGUAGCAGAAUUUGAACACAUGACAAUGAAAUGUUGCAUUCAAAAGGAACAAGAGUUAUUUGAUAGAAGGCAAUGUCCGACAUUCAGCAAUGGCAUGUUUACUGAAUUGCUUGGAAUAUGGCCUGAUUGUGUCAAUUCUCACGGGGAUUUGGGAUUCAGAAACCAGGCACCCACUGGUUUUAAAGACAAUGAAGCACUUGUAUUCUGGGAAGAAACAAAAUCAGUCCUAAUAAAAGUAUAUCUCAGAGGCUAUAAAGCAGCUGUUUGAUUAAAUGUUUGAUCCUGAGGUAACUUAAGAGGUAUUUUGGGGGAGAAGGGAAUGUGGCCAACCUCUAUGAUAUCCAUGUAGAGUCUUAAACUGGUUCUUCACUGUUAACUCUUAUUUCUUUGAAGUGGUGGUACUGGUGAAACCUGUCUUGUACAGCAUAACAAGAGUAGUAACCAGAAGAAUUACUGAUAUAUUUCUCUAAAUUUUGUUUUUUUUUAAUUAACAAAUCAUUUUCUCCCCUGCCCCCAUCCUAUCCCAUUGAAGGGGAAAGCCCAAAAUAGAACAGAACAGAAAAUAUCUUAGGCAAAAUUAAUUUUCUCACAGUCCACAUCCAAAAAUUACAUCUCAUUCUGUACCCUGGGUCCACUGCUUCCAUCUUCAGGUGAUAGAUAACAUGAUUCAUCAUUGAUCUUCUGUCAAAAUAUUGUGAAACUUAAAUAACAUAAAGAAUACAAAUUACUUUGCAAAUCUUAAUCCGAUAGAAAAGCCAGUUAUUACUACUACUACCACCACCACUAUUAUUCUUAUUAAUUAGCCCCCAGUCAGGUUAUGAUUUUAUUUCCUGAGCUUUUUACUUUAUUCUUCCUAAGCUUCAAGCAAUAAUUAUAAAACAAUACAGGGAUGUGUUGAUGUUUAGCAACCAGGCUUUCCAUUUAAAGAAAAAACACGCAAACGCAGUUUUAGAUUUAAUCUGCAUCAUUAACACUUAAGUCUAAACAAUCUACACAACAAUAACUCAAGCCCUGAUUUGUAGGAUUGUUGAUUUCUUAGAUGGAAAUGCCUAAAUUGAAAUUUUAAUAGGGGCCUUUUCAAGCCUCUUAGAGCUAGCUCCAGCACAUUCCUGGUCCUCUGGAAUCAUGGGUGAUCAUUGCAUAUUUUUGGAAAUGUUAUCAAAAUUCUGUUAUUGGUGAUUUGAAAAACUCCUUUGAACACGAGCCUCCGGGACCUUUAAGAAUUUUUUAGCCCUGUUAAGACAUGCAGACCUUGCUCAAAAUGCAGAUGAACUGAAAAUAUUCAUGUAUCUUAGAUGCUUCCCAAAGAUUUUGAUUAAAAAGUAUGAAUAUUUAAGAAAUGAA